GUAUCGUAUUGCUUGAAUAGUAAGAUUAGGUUCCCUGCGGAAGGACUAGGAGCAUGCUAUUCUCGUGGAAGAACAAAAACUUCCGGACAUCAUACUGUAAAUCCGCCAUUAGAUUGUACCCGAGUUUGUUGCUCACAGAUUUUUUUCCAUUUAAAAGUCACAAGAAAACCAUUUUUCUGGGUUGACAAAUUAUGACUACGACUCAAUGCACGUUUUCAUCGUCCUCGUAACCCCAAUCUCUCUCUGAACUUUCACGUCUCUCAUCCUCAACGCACCACCUGUGUCUCACUCGAUACUGAAAACAUUUACUCUGUUUAUAUUUGCGGAUUUUCUGUAAUCUGAUUUCAAUUUUUGUAUCGGAUUUCAAGCUUUUGUAGUCUAAUAUUGGAUGGGAUGCUGAAUGGGGUCUCUGGAAGCCGGGAUUCCAUUAAAGAGAGACAGCCUUUUCCGCUCUUACUCAGCUGGUAGAACCGAGCGACACCAGUUUUUACAGAGACCUAGAUCGAGGUUCUCGUUUUUGAUUUUCAAGAAGCUAGAUUAUCUCCUAUGGAUAUGUACUGUGACUGUGUUCCUCUUCUUAGUGGCGCUCUUCCAGAUGUAUCUUCCUGGUUCGGUGGUGGAGAAGUCAGGGGCUUCAUUAGGAGAAGAUAUGGAAGUUAGUUAUGCGGAUUUCAAGGUUUUGAAGGAAAUGGGCGUGAUUGAUUUUGUGGAGGAUGUUCGAUUUGAGCCUACGAAGGUUUUGGAGAAGUUUCAGAAAGAAGCUAGAGCAGCGAAUCAAUAUUUUUCUGCUUCCAACAGGACGGUACAGCGUUUUGGGUACAGAAAACCCCAACUUGCAUUGGUUUUUGCAGAUCUUUUUGUUGAUUCACAACAAUUACUGAUGGUGACAGUUGCCGCUGCUUUGCAGGAGAUCGGCUACAAAAUUCAGGUUUUCUCACUUGAAGAUGGUCCUGUUCGUGAGAUUUGGAGAAAAAUAGGAAUUUCAAUCACGAUAAUUCAAACAUGUGUUAAGACGCCGAUUGUUGUAGAUUGGUUAAACUACGAUGGCAUUCUUGUGAGCUCUUUUCAAGCCAAAGGUGUCUUUUCAUGUUUUGAGCAGGAACCUUUCAAGUCAUUACCUCUUAUAUGGACCAUUCAUGAAAGAUCGCUCGCUACUCGUUCAAGAAAAUAUAUUUCAGAUGGGCAGACUGGCAUUUUGAGUGAUUGGAAAAGAGUAUUCAACCGUUCUACUGUUGUUGUCUUUCCAAACUAUGAACUGCCGAUGAUUUAUUCCACAUUUGAUGUUGGAAACUUUUUUGUAAUUCCUGGUUCUCCUGCUGAGGCAUGGGAAGCAGACACAGUAAUGGCCUCGCAUAAAGAUAACUUUCAUUUCAGGAUGGGUUAUGAGCCUGAAGAUGCUGUUAUAGCAAUUGUGGGUAGCCAAUUUUUGUACAAGAGUUUGUGGCUGGAGCAUGCAAUCAUUUUACAGGCUUUAUUACCAGUAGUUUUGGAGUUCCCAUUUAGUUCCAAUUCUCAGCUCAAAAUCGUUGUUCUGAGUGGGGAUUCAACAAGUAACUAUGGUGCAGUUAUUGAGGAAAUUGCUCUAAAAUUGAAAUAUCAAAGUGGCAUCGUGAAGCAUAAAGCUCUUGAUGUCGAUGCAGACAGUGUUUUAAGCAUGGCUGAUCUUGUAAUAUAUGGAUCCUUCCUCGAAGAGCAGUCUUUUCCAGACAUCUUGAUGAAAGCUAUGUGCUUCGAGAAGCCAAUCAUUGCCCCUGAUCUAUCCAUGAUAAAAAAAUAUGUUGAUGACAGGGUGAAUGGCUAUCUUUUCCCUAAGGAGAAUACUAAGGUUCUGACGCAAAUGAUAAGGCAAGUGUUCUUGAAAGGAAAAAUAUCACCACUGGCUCGCAAUAUUGCCUCAAUAGGAAGAAGCACUGCAAGAAACCUGAUGGUUUUGGAAACUGUUGAGGGUUAUGCUUCACUCCUUCUCAAUGUUCUCAAGCUCCCAUCAGAAGUUGCUUCUCCUGGGGAUGUUGCAGAAAUCCCUCCCAAAUUCAAGGAAAAAUGGCAGUGGCAUUUGUUUGAUGUAGCAUCAAAUUUGACAUAUGCGAACAGAACUUUGAGAGGUCACACAUUUUUAGACAAGUUUGAGCAGCACUGGAACCAUACUCAAAGAGAGAGAUCUGGAGAUGUAAAAGCUGCUAAUGAAUUGUUUGUAUAUAAUAUAUGGGAGGAAGAGAAAGAAAUUGCGAUGGCUAAUGCCAGAAAAGGAAGAGAAGAAGAAGAGAUAAAGGGUAGAACUGAUCAGUCUCAUGGAACCUGGGAGGAAGUGUAUCGAAGUGCAAAAAAGGCUGAUAGAUCUAAGAACGAUUUGCAUGAAAGGGAGGAAGGGGAGCUUGAAAGGACUGGUCAACCACUGUGCAUUUACGAACCUUACUUUGGGGAGGGUACCUGGCCUUUCCUACACGUUUCUUCCCUUUAUCGUGGGAUCGGGCUGUCCACUAAAGGCCGGAGACCUAGGGCAGAAGAUGUUGAUGCACCUUCUCGUCUGCCACUUCUGAAUAACCCUUACUAUCAAGAUAUACUUGGUGAAUAUGGAGCCUUUUUUGCAAUUGCAAAUUCAAUUGACCGUGUACACAAGAAUGCUUGGAUUGGGUUUCAGUCUUGGAGAGCAACAGCAAGCAAGGCGUCUUUGUCUAGAAUUGCUGAAAAUGCACUGUUAGAUGCUAUCCAAUCACAGAGGCAUGGGGACGCACUCUACUUUUGGGUACGCUUGGAUUUGGAUCCACGAAGCCCUUUGCAGCUGGACUUUUGGUCAUUCUGUGAUGCUAUAAAUGCUGGAAAUUGCAAGUUUGCAUUUUCUGAGGCUCUUAAGAGGAUGUAUGGCAUAAAGCAUGAUUUAGAUUCUUUACCAUCCAUGCCUGUAGAUGGUGGUACAUGGUCUGUCAUGCAUAGCUGGGCUUUGCCAACUAGGUCCUUCCUAGAAUUUGUGAUGUUUUCUAGAAUGUUUGUAGAUGCCUUGGAUGCUCAUAUGUAUGACAAGCACCAUUCAAGUGGACACUGUUAUCUGAGUUUGUUCAAAGAUAAACAUUGCUACUCGCGGAUUCUUGAGCUGCUUAUAAAUGUUUGGGCAUACCACAGUGCAAGGCGGAUGAUGUAUGUGAACCCCAAUACGGGUGAGAUGCAGGAACACCAUAGAUUUAAGAGUCGUAAAGGUCAAAUGUGGAUUAGAUGGUUCUCAUUCGCCACGCUAAAGAGCAUGGAUGAGGAUAUGGCAGAGGAAGCAGAUACUGAGAACCAUACUAGGCGGUGGUUGUGGCCAUUGACUGGUGAGGUCUUCUGGCAAGGUGUGUAUGAGCGAGAACGGGCUUUACGACAUCAGCAAAAAGAAACUAGGAAGCGAAAGAGUAAGGAAAAAAUUGAUAGAAUGAGGAAGCGAACCCACCAAAAAGAAAUAGGGAAGUAUGUGAAGCCCUUACCGGAAUCAAACUCGACUGUGUUUAGGUAAAUGUUACAAGUCCAUGGUUUCGGCAUCAUUCAAAGUAGUGUAAGUUGAAAAUUCCUCUCAUUUUUUUACCCAAUAUAUCUUUUUCAUUCUGUAAUUUUUUGCUUGAAGGUUGCAUAAGUUUGUAUUUUACAUGAGGGUUUUGUAUGCAAAAUUGCAUCCUUCUGGUCAUCGUUUGUCUGAUGCAUAAACUGUAGAUUCACUUGUUCGCUUUUUCUUAUCCCACUUGUUCAAGAUAAUACAUUCUUUGAAAGAAAAAAAGAAAAUGGAGAUGCUCGGAUAUUUCUGACCAUCAAA